AUGGCAAAGAAAUCAAAAAAGAAGAAUAGUAGUGGUAGUUCUACGAAUGUUUCAAACAACAAAAACAACAGUAACAGCAAUAAUAAUAAUAUAAACGGCAAUGUUACUUUAUCCAACAAUGCUUCGACAACAUCAACGACACCACCUUUAUUAUCAUCUUUUGAAAAGUUUAUAAAUGUAGACAGUUCACAUUUCACUGGUAACAACAACAGUAACAAUAACAAUAGUAAUUAUAGUAGUAAUAAUAGUAAUAUUUAUGAUAAUAAUAAUAAUAAUAGCGAUAUGAAUAGUAAUGAUAGUAAUCAACCAUCACAUAUACAACAACAUAUUCAAAAACAACAGAACAGUCAUAAGAUCAAUAAGAUACUCGGUAUGCAACUGUCGGACAAUGAUAUAGCGAUGCUAGAGACAACCAUUCUCAAGAUAAAAACGAGUUCACAAACAAAGAACUAUUUGAAACUACAACAAGAGUUGAAACCACCACACGAAACCGUGAUAUGUUCGAUGCGACUCGCCAAUAAUGAAUAUUACAACGAACGAUACACACAAGCCGUGGAAUAUUAUAACACUGCAAUACAAUUAGCUUCUCAACAUCCACCUUUUAUAGUAUCAAUAUUAUUAAAUAGAGCAAUAACUAAAUUAAGAUUACAAGAAUAUAAAAAAUCAAUACUUGAUUGUACAUUAGCACUAUCGAUACAACCAAACUGUAUUAAAGCAUAUAUAUGUAGAGCAUACGGUUAUUUCUUUACGAAAGAGUUUAAAAAGGCAUUCUCCGAUCACUAUAUGGCUGUACAUAUAAUACCGCCUUGUAUACCACUUCGAAAAGCAAUGAGAUUAUCACAUCGAUCACGUCUGCUAUGGCAAACUGUUAAAUUAGAGACAUUACCACCUAAUCUAAGAUAUGCACAACCUUACAAAGGUAUACAAUUGGAUUGGCUAAGCGAUUUUAAUAUAUUGGCAAUCGAGGAGGAACCAUGUAGAAUGCAUCUACUCACUAACUUUAUAAACAGCCAGAUCGAAAAGUCACAGAAAACCAAAGAGAAACCGACUCAGAUGCCAUCGUUGAUACCCGCCGGUGAAUCGUUCUACGGCAAUCUAUGGUCAGAGUUCGAAGAAGGUAUUUCAUUUUUAAAGUUGGAUAGAUACUUGGAAGCCAUUACCGAUUGUUCGGUUUCCAUUGAGAAGCAACCGUCUGUCAAGGGAAUGAAAGCAUAUCUGAGAAGAGGUGCUGGCUACUCGGCGAUCGGUGAGUACAGUGCCGCCGAGAAGGAUUUCCGUGCUGCUCUCAAGUACGAGCCGGAUAGCCUGGAGGUCUUGCUCGGACUGGAGAAGACACUGAAGCUCCGCGAACAAGAAAUGAGAAAGACAAUCAUUGACAAUCCAAGCAACGUAGAUCUAUUGCAGACACUGAAACUAUUGCAAGUGGAAAUCGAACAACUCGCAACCAAGAUUGCACCCUCUAAAAAUGCUGAACAGAAAUCAUCAUCGUCAUCGUCAUCGUCAUCCUCAUUAUCAUCAUCAACCUCAUCAUCACCUCUAUCAACAUCAUCUUCACAAGUAGUCAAUAGCAACAACAACAACAAUAACAACAACCAGAACAGCAAUAAUAACAAUUCUACUAAUCUCAAUACAAGUGGCAACAAAAUCAAUGUCAAUAUCUCUGUUCCAUCAGAUAAAAAGCCAAGAGUACCAUUUUACAAACCUUUUACAAGUGCACAUAUGGCAGAGAAACAUGAAAUGUUGGAAUAUUUUACAAAUUUAAUCAACAAGAGAAUUGGACAUCUACCAACUUCGUACUUAGGUAGAGCAGAGGUACAUCUUCAACUUGAUUUGUUAAAGAACGCCUUAGAUGACUACGAGAAGGGAUUAGAGAUUGAACCAAAGAAUAUAGACUUAUUAAAUCGUUAUAAAUAUGUACAGGGAUUAUCAAAAAGCGCUUUAUAA